AUGCGUCUCUUUCGGCUGUGCGCUUUGGCGCUGGCCGCUGAAUGCGCCCAUGGCUAUCUCGAUACUACGCCCUUCUUCAUGUUCUCAACCUCCGAACUUCUAGCGACGACCUCACACAUUCAGUCCGCACCCCUACUGACCUCGAACAUCGCAUUGACUCUCUCCUCGUGCCCUUCUGACUACUACAUUCUCGUCUCGCAACCGGGAGUGUCCGCCAAAGACUACUCCCAAUCCAGGAGAUCUACACCCUUACUCGCAAAAGCGUUAUCGCCCUCCCAGUCCAAAGGAUCGGUUGUCCGGAGUAGCUUGACUGUUCCGGACGUUUUCGGUCGUCUUGCAAGCUCUACAUGGGUCGAUGUCUUGAAAACCAAAUGCGGCGUCUCUGUGGUUUCUAUUGAUGCUUCAAGAGAAGGAGGAGGUAUUCCGACGAAGGAGUUAUCCCCAUCACCGCGGCUGCUCGAGCUUGUCCUCCCAGCGCCAUCUGCUGGCUCGAACAGAGCUAGUGACCUCUCUUCGAACGAUGCAUUCCUGGCCUCUGUGUUAGACCUGCUGCCAACUCAGAAUUACACUGUUCUGUACACGACCAGCCGCUCACAGGACGGGAUGUUGACUGCCCAAGAAGCGGAUGGAAAAGAAGCCGCGGAAUAUGACAUGGACUCGCAAAUACAAGAGAGUAUGCAUCUCGAUCUGAGGCGAGAUCUUGGUGUGCAUGCUGGGGCGAACACGGCUCGGAACAACCAGACCAUGAUCGAUGGGCCGCUAUUUGACAAGUAUCAAUUUUUUACUCCUGGCAUCUUUAUGGGCUACCUCGUCGGAUUCCUCCUGUUAUUGAUCUUGUACGUGGCCGUUUCCGGCGUGGCCAGUUUGCAAGUCACCUACGCCGCGUUCGACAAAGAGCAAGGACAGCUCGCGACAAAGAAGCAGUAG